AAGCAAAGGCAGCAACUUAUAAUCGUAACAAGAAAAAGAAUCUAGCAACAGGAAACUAUUAUAUUUACUGUACAAAUUCAAAUUUAUUUGUAUAUCAUCACCAGACUUCACACUUGGAGCUGUUUUUUGAUUGCCUGAAUGGAAAUCAAUUCCAGUUCGAUCAGUCGGUGUUCCAAACACCAUCAGAACAUCUAUCAGGAUUGGUUCAAUUUUGCUGAUUCAGACAACGAUGGGCGCCUUACUGGAGCUGAUGCUAUUAAGUUCUUCUCGAUGUCCAAUUUACCCCGUCCAGAUCUCAAACAGGUGUGGGCAAUUGCUGAUUCCAAGCGACAAGGCUUCCUUGGUUUUAAUGAGUUUGUUACGGCAAUGCAGCUAGUUUCUUUGGCACAAUCUGGACAACCAUUAACUUCAGAUCUUCUGAACUCUGAAGUUGAUUUUGAAAAUCUGAAUCUUCCAACCAUGGAUGGCUUGGAUAUAUUAUUAGCUAAGCAAAAGCGUGCGUCGAAAACAAAUGAAGAUGAGCUGAAUGGUUCUCCAGUGCAACCUUCAACGUCAGCCAAUUGGUUUUCUUCUUCAAAGUCGUCGAAGAAGCUAUCUUUAGCCUCAGUUACAUCCAUCAUUGAUGGCUUGAAAAAGUUGUACAUUCAAAAGGUGAGGCCUCUAGAAGUCACAUAUCGUUUCAACGAUUUUGUUUCGCCCUUACUGACUAAUAGCGAUUUUGACGCGAAGCCCAUGGUUAUGCUUUUGGGACAAUAUUCAACAGGAAAAACGACAUUUAUUAAGCAUUUACUCAAAAGUAGCUAUCCAGGUGCUCAUAUUGGACCAGAGCCUACCACAGACAGAUUUGUUGUUGUUAUGAAUGGACCUGAUGAAAGGAGUAUACCUGGGAACACUGUUGCUGUUCAAGCAGACAUGCCAUAUAGUGGACUGACUACAUUUGGAACUGCAUUUUUGUCAAAAUUUGAAUGUUCACAAAUGCCACAUCCUCUUCUGGAGCACAUCACAUUUGUGGAUACUCCUGGAGUUUUGUCAGGGGAAAAGCAACGUACUCAACGAAGCUACGAUUUUACUGGUGUAACAUCAUGGUUUGCUUCCAAAUGUGACCUCAUACUACUACUUUUUGAUCCUCACAAACUAGAUAUCAGCGAUGAAUUCAAGCGUGUGAUUUCAUCUUUACGAGGACAUGAUGACAAGAUACGUGUGGUGUUGAACAAGGCUGACCAAGUCGACACCCAACAACUGAUGAGGGUAUAUGGAGCGCUGAUGUGGUCACUGGGAAAAGUACUGAAUACUCCUGAGGUUAUGCGUGUUUACAUCGGUUCAUUUAAUGACAAACCAAUAAACGUUGCUGCGGCUGGUCCACUCGGCCAAGAACUAUUUGAGAGGGAACAGGAAGAUCUUCUUGCUGAUUUAAGAGACAUACCGAAGAAGGCCUGUGAUCGUCGUAUCAAUGAAUUUGUGAAACGUGCAAGAGCUGCCAAAAUUCAUUCUUACAUUAUCAGCCAUCUUAGAAAGGAGAUGCCUGCUAUGAUGGGCAAGGCAAAAGCACAGCAAAGGCUUAUUGAUAACUUGGAAGAUGAAUUUAAAAAGGUUCAGAGAGAACACCAUUUACCUGCAGGAGACUUCCCAAAUGUAGAUCAUUUUCGGGAGACCCUAAGUGGUUACAACAUUGACAAGUUUGAAAAGUUAAAACCCAAAAUGAUACAAACUGUUGAUGAUAUGCUUGGGUAUGACAUCCCAAAUCUUCUAAAAAAUUUCAGUAAUCCGUAUGGUUAAAGAUGGUAGCAUUUUGGGGAGCUAUGUUGCAAUUUUGGAAUGUACUGCGCAUACCACAGUUUGGUCAGAAAUUUAUGUCCCAUUAUUAAAUGAAUAUAAUAUGAUAUCUUAAGCCUAUUAAGAUCUCUUCAUGUUAUAUGAAUUCCAUAUAUUGAUAUUCCAAUGAUAUAAAUUAGAAAUUGUAGCAUUCAGUCUAAACAUAUUCAUUAUGACACCCAUUUUUGUGUUA